GAUCUACACCCAAGACCCAACUCCGCCCUUCCCCCUGUUUCUUCAUCCCCACCCUCUCCCAGUCCAAAUUGUCAACAACCCACUAAUCUCUCUCCAAAACCCUGGUGAAUUGGAUUGCUAAAACCCUACUUAAAUCUUCGUCAUUACGCAUUAUUGGGUUCUUUAGAUUGUUGCAUCCAUUGAUUGAUUCAUUGGUGGGCUUGCAAAGUGGAAAAGCCUUUUGCCUGCAUUUUGUUGUGGAUGAGAUGGGGAAGGUGUCAGUGGUGAUCUACAUUUCAGUAGCUUUGCUGGUAUUUUGGUUAGUUUCUCACUCCCCAAACAAAUCCCUCGACCGCAGCCACCACCACGCCUCCCGCCGCCUCAAGGUCCGCUCCUCCUACACCUUCACCGGCGCCAACGACCACCGCGUCGCCUUUGACCCUAUAGUCGCCGACAUCGAGCGCCGUCGCGAGGACAAGGAGUGGGAGAAGCUCCAGUUCCAAAAUCGUCACCCCGAGUUCGACUCGGCCCCUGCCGCCGAGUCGCAGCCGGAGUGGGAGGAUUUCAUGAACGCCGAGGACUAUCUUAACGACGAGGACCGGUUCAAUAUCACUGGCCGGCUGGUGUUGCUUUUCCCCAAAAUUGAUGUUGAUCCGGAGGACGGGUUUGUGAGUGAGAGCGAGUUGACUCAGUGGAAUCUGAAACAGUCGGAGAAGGAGGUGUUGCACAGGACACAGAGGGAGAUGGAGCUUCAUGAUAAAAACAAGGAUGGAUUGAUUUCCUUUUCGGAGUAUGAGGCUCCCAGUUGGGUUCGAAAUUCAGAUAAUACUUCCUUUGGAUAUGACAUGGGUUGGUGGAAGGAGGAGCAUUUUAAUGCAUCAGAUGCAGAUGGAGAUGGCCUUCUGAAUAUAACUGAGUUCAAUGACUUUCUGCACCCAGCUGAUAGCAAAAAUCCAAAGCUGGUUCAAUGGUUGUGCAAGGAAGAAAUAAGGGAAAGAGAUACAGACAAAGAUGGGAAGGUUAACUUUAAUGAAUUUUUCCAUGGGCUUUUUGACUUGGUACGGAAUUAUAAUGAAGAAAGUCACAACUCCUCACAUGAGUCUUCUGAUUUAAUGGAGGCUCCUGCUAAGAAAUUGUUUUCUCAGCUCGACAAAGACGGUGAUGGACUUUUGUCAGAGGAUGAACUACUGCCUAUAAUCGGAAAACUUCAUCCAUCAGAGCAUUACUAUGCAAAGCAGCAGGCAGAUUAUAUCAUAUCACAGGCAGAUGCGGAUAAAGAUGGGCGUCUAACCUUGACAGAGAUGAUUGAUAAUCCAUAUGUGUUUUAUAGUGCCAUUUUCAAUGAUGAUGAAGAUGACUAUGACGACUUCCAUGAUGAGUUCUAAUUUAAUGCAAGGAUGGUUAGAAGAAUCAUUGCAAGAGUUCUAAUCAUUCUUUGGCGGGAGAUUCAUGCUAUAUAGCAUCAGUAAAGAGAAGUUUCAACAAUUUUCAUGAGGAUCAUUACCUUUCAAGAGGCUGCAGAUGUUUUUAAGGUGUCAUUUCUUGGUCACCCAUCCCUCAUUCUUGCUGCUCUCCCUCACAAGAUUAUAGGGGUCAUUUGCCACGUCUGAGGAUUAUACAUGAUUUGAUGUGGCUUCGAAUUCCAACUUUGUUGCAAACAUUUGUUUAAUACUUAGAAUUAUCAUAUCCAUGUUUUUUUAUUAUACAUGUACAUUAGAAAAUAUCAAUAAUCAUUUGUUGUUUAACG